UCUUUUACGUCAUCAGCAUGAGACACAAAGGGGUGAAAGGUGCUGGUUGUGGUUGUGUAAAGUAGAUGAAUUGGGAAUACAAGAAGGAGAAGUCUGUGCCAGAAUUAUGAUGAACGCAAACAGAUUCGUGCUCUUGUCUAAAUCUGUUCAAAUCGGAAAGCAACUGCUCGCCUGUAAUGUGAGAAGUGCUGGCAAAGACGUGCUGCGUCUUCAGCAGCGGAGGUCUAUUAAAACUCAUUCAAGGAACCUCGCAUUUGCCAAGGAUUUGUUCCUUGGUCAGGUAAACAAGGCGGAGGUAUUCCCUUAUCCAGAAAUUGGAAAUGAAGAAGUGGAGGAGAUCAAUCAGCUUGUUGCACCAGUGGAAAAAUUUUUCAGUGAGGAAGUUGACUCGGCAAAGAUUGACAGAGAAGCAAAAAUCCCUCCAGAGACUUUAAAUGGCUUGAAAGAGCUUGGGCUGUUCGGAAUCAUGGUUCCCGAGGAGUAUGGGGGUCUUGGACUGUCCAACACCAUGUAUGCACGACUGGCAGAGAUCAUCUCAUUAGAUGGCUCUAUUGCUGUAACACUGGCUGCUCAUCAAGCCAUUGGACUGAAGGGGAUCCUGAUUGCAGGUAACGAAGCCCAGAAGCAGAAGUAUCUGCCCAAACUGGCCUCAGGAGAACACAUCGCAGCUUUCUGUCUGACAGAGCCAGGAAGUGGGAGCGAUGCAGCCUCCAUUCAAACACGUGCGACCCUGUCAGAAGAUGGAAAGCAUUACCUCAUCAACGGUUCAAAGAUAUGGAUUUCAAACGGAGGCAUGGCAGACAUUAUGACAGUAUUUGCCAGGACUGAGGUGGUCAUAGAUGGCGUGAAGAAAGACAAAAUUUCUGCAUUUAUCGUGGAGAGAGCUUUUGGUGGCAUCACCAGCGGGAAGCCUGAGGACAAACUGGGCAUCCGGGGCUCCAACACUUGUGAAGUGUCCUUUGACAAUGUCCCAGUGCCAGUUGAGAAUGUAAUAGGAGAAGUGGGUGGUGGAUUCAAGAUCGCCAUGAACAUCCUGAACUCGGGGAGGUUCAGUAUGGGUAGUUCCUCAGCUGGAAUGAUAAAAAAACUGAUCGAACUGACCUCCGAGUACGCUGCAACCAGAAAGCAGUUUAACAAGAGCCUGGCUGAUUUCGGCAUGAUUCAGGAGAAGUUUGCAAUGAUGGCUCUUAAUGCCUUUGUGAUGGAGAGUAUGGCAUACCUGACAGCGGGGAUGAUGGACAGACCGGGGCUUCCAGACUGUUCUAUAGAGGCUGCCAUGGUCAAGGUGUUCAGCUCAGAAGGAGGCUGGAUUUGUGUCAGUGAAGCUCUUCAGGUCCUUGGAGGUCUGGGUUAUACGAAGAACUACCCCUAUGAGCGCUACGUCCGAGACUGUCGCAUACUGCCCAUCUUUGAGGGGACCAAUGAAAUCCUGAGGAUGUACAUUGCUCUCACUGGAAUGCAGUAUGCUGGCAAGGUCUUCACAGGGAAAAUCAAGGAGAUGAAAAAAGGGAACAUAGGUUUGGCUUUGAGCAUGGUUGGCAAAAAACUGAAGAACUCAUUGACGUAUUCAGUGGACCUCGGCCUGACAGGAAAAGACGGAGUGGUGCAUCCCAGCUUGACAGAAAGUGCAAAGAAGUUGGAACAGAAUGUCAGCCUUUUCGGAUCAACCGUGGAGAGCCUGCUGUACAGAUACGGAAAGACUAUAGUGGAUGAACAGCUUGUCCUGAAGAGAGUCGCAGAUGUGCUGAUCAACCUGUACGCCAUGACAGCUGUCCUGUCCAGAGCCACCCGCUCCAUCAGCAUCGGCCUUAGGAAUCAUGACCACGAGGUGCUGCUUGCGAACACAUUCUGCAGCGACGCUUUCUUCAAGAACAACUACUUGAUGACUCAGUUGCAAAAACACUCUCCUGAGAACAACGAUGCCAACAUCAAGAAGAUCGCCAAGGAGGUCUUGGAGAAAAGAGCCUAUGUCUGUUCUCACCCUCUUGAAAGAACAUACUGAGUUCUCCCAUAUGACCAUAAUACUGCCUCCUCUCUUCUGUUUGGACAAUAUGCGACUAGUUCAAUUCAUAGUCCCAGUGACUUGUGUCUACUCUUCCACUGGUAAUUACUUUACUUGACAUUAUUCAUACACUUGAUUAAUAAAUUAAGAGAUUUAUGAUUUUAGUUCCUGUGUAUUAUUAACCAUGGCUUCAAAAAUAAUAGCUGAGAGCUUUGGAUAAUGGUCAUUCUCUGAAGUGCUCUAUAGGUUUGGUACUAUAAUAAGUUAUUGCACAGGAUACUAGCUUUAUUGAGCCAAUUUGAUAUAAGUUGGUACAGUAUAUAAGAUGCUUUGGGGGUUCUGGCUUCUAUGUUGCUGAAAGGCUGGACAGCUGAUGCAUCUUCUUGUUAGGUGCACACUUCUGAAAAGUGAAGAUAGUCUUCUCCUCAUCCGUUAGAGGCAGGGAGCUCCGCUUGUACAGGAAUGAACGCUGCUUACAGAAUCCACUGUAACAAACAAACAGAACAUAACACACAUGAACACAAACACCUGUGUUUGUUUUCUCGGGUAAUUGUUGAAUUUCAUGUUUUGAAUAAAAAUUCAAACCCCCACUGACAGGCAGUGGUGCUUGUUGGACAGGGA